UUUAUAUAAGUUUGCAUGUAAAUUAUGAACAAUUUAAUUUAUAUAUUUUUGAGUUGAAUUGGGUAAAAAUGAUAUUACAGGACAUCCUACGGCACGCACUGAAUAGAAUAGAAACCUAAAUGCAGGUGUUCUCCCUUGCCGUUAUUGAUUCUGUCGGAAGUAAACCGUUUUUUUUUUUUUUGCAGAAAACCAGAAAGUGUGGACCAAAAUUUACGAACUCUGGAAAAUAGUAAAUGCCGAGGCAAGAUAUCUUGAUAAACAAAAAAGAUAUAUGAUAUAGUAGUCAUAGAUAUCUCAUAUAGGACAUCCUAUGGCAUGCACAGAUCAAAUUGAAGAAGCAUCAGGGUACCUGUAAGGUGAUAACUUCCGGCUGAAAAACUCUUUACAUUUGUUCUGCUAUCUGGCAUUCGAUAAGCCAGCAUUGAACCAUGGCUGACUUUGUUGAACUGAAGGAGAUAAUCAAGAAAGGCAAUUUUUCUACAGUGUACAAAGCAUUUUGGAAUCAUAAGCAAAUUGCUGUAAAAAAAUAUCAUAAAAAUGUUGAAGAUUUUGAAUGGGUCAGGAAUAGAUACGCCCGCCUGUUGAGCACUGACCAUGAGAAUAUUCUGAAGUUUUAUGAGGUUUCAGAGUCAUCAAACAAAGAACUGUACUUGUUUUUGGAAUACGCACAAUGCCAAUCCCUGGAUACCCAUAUUCAUGGGCCAGAAAGCCAAAAAUAUUCUAUAAACAUUGCGCUCCAUUGGAUGAUCCAGUGUGCCGAGGGUCUUUCAUUUUUACAUGGACUAGCGCCGACGCCCAUAUUCCAUGGCAACCUACAACCAAAGAAUUUGUUUUUAACCGAUAACGCUCGCUGCUUGAAGAUCGGUGAGUUAGCAAGUGGCAAUGACAAUGUACCAAAACAGUAUAUACCACCUGAGGCAAGAUCAUAUAUCGACCAUGAGGGAUUCGAUGAUAUGAACAGAUACACAAUAAAAUAUUACAGCGAGAAGAUCGAUGCAUAUAGCUUUGGAAUAGUGCUUUGGGAAGUGCUUUCCCGCUGUAAACCAUUUUGUGAAAAUGAACUGUCUUCAUUUCCUGGCCUUCAGAAUGUCAAAAUUAAGCUUGGUUUUAAGCUUCAACCACCUCUAAGCUAUGUUGCAGAUGUCUUGGGCUCUAGCUAUAUAAAAUCGCUCAUUGCCAUGUGCUGGGAGAGUGACCAAUAUAAGGGGUCUGUUAUGAAGACUGCUUCAUUGAGCCUCAGCAAAAUUAUCAGGCUUUAUUUUGGCAACAUCCCAACCUUUGAAGCACACGCAAUAGAACAUAUCGACUAUGUACAAGUGGAAGAGAAAAUUGGACGGGGCGGCUUUGGCGUUGUCUAUAAGGCUAAGAUGAAUGGAGCACAGCUGGCGCUGAAACGAAUUUUUGUAAAUGAUGCGGAUGCCAAAAAGGGCAUUGAAAGAGAAGUGAAGUAUCUAUCCAGCGCCUAUCAUGAGAAUAUUAUCAAAUUUUAUUGUACUAUGGAAGAUAAAGAGUGCAACACGUUGAUUUUGAUGGAAUUCGCAGAUUGUGGAUCACUCCACAAUUUCAUGUAUCGUGAUAGAAAACAAGAGCCAAACUAUUCGUACUUAGCUGCCCUCAAUUGGAUGCAUCAACUAUCCAAGGGUGUAGCUUACUUACAUGACAUGAAACCAAAGCCAGUGAUACAUCGCGAUCUUAAGCCACACAACUUGUUACUUGCGAACAACUUCCGCAUCUUAAAGAUAGCCGACUUUGGAGCAGUCACGGAACAGGCUACUUCGAAGAAGAUGACCGAAAUUGGCACUCCCUGCUAUAUGGCACCAGAGGUUUCCAUCAGUCAUAUGUACUCGGAGAAAUGUGAUGUCUUCAGCUUUGGCAUUGUGCUCUGGGAGGUGAUGGCACAUAAAAGGCCGUUCUAUCACUUGAAAAACCUCCCAACUCUUGCCACCAUGAAUAAAAUCAGUCAGGGUGAACGGCCUCUUCUCGCAGAUGUAGAGCAUCAUGCGAAUUCCAAUAAAUUGAAAUCUUUGAUGGAAAACUGCUGGAAUACGGACCCAAAGAAACGAUUAGCUAUGAAAGAUAUUGCAUUAGAACUUGGAACGGAUUUUGUACAUUUCGGUUUAGAUAUUUUCAGCAUUAGACCCUUGCCAGAUCCUUCGGAUCUCGAUUUUCUUUAGGGAAAUGUAAAUAUUUAAUUUUGUAAGAACCAUUUUAAAUUGCCGACUAGGUAAUUUUUGCUUUUGCUUGUUCCAUGAAAUGCAUGCUUUGUAUAAAAAGUAUAUAUCCUUAUAUUGUUACCAAAUUGUAAAGCCAAGAAAAUUUGAUUUUAAUCAUAUAA